AUGGUGAACAAACAAUACAACGUACAUAAUCCGAAGCUGCACAAAUCGAAGCUUGGGCCGGGCAGUGGAGCCGGAAGUGGCAGCAGUGGACACAGCUCCCCGUCCCCGUUGCGCAGUUGCUAUCCGAUCAUUUCCACCCGCCCAACCGGGGCCACCGACGAGGACGGGUUUUCCGUGGAAAGCGACAGCAACAAUAUGUCCGAUCAUCAGUCGGUCAAGAGCGGUGCAGGCGGUACCGGGUAUGGGGGCCACCCACGCCAGUUGCCGCCGCCACCACCGCCACCGACCCAUCGGCAUCGUGGCACGCAAAGUAACCAACCACCACAGCAACAGCAACCGCAGAACAAUCUAAAUGUAAGCCGCCGUUCGGCUUCUGCGGAGCUGGUGCGCGGUCCGGACGAGACGGACGAUGGGCUGUACGGGCGCAACAUUCAGUUCUACAGCGAGGGACGGGCGGUGGGUGAAACGGACGUGGUGGGUGAAAGUGGACAUAUCGGGCGGUUCGGUCACGGACAUGGCGGCAAGGAGUUGACCAUCAGUGACAUUGGCCGAUUUCAGUACAUACUGCAGAUGGAUCGAGAAGUGGGCACUCCUUACAGUGGAUAUACAGCGGCAUCAUCGACAGACUGUGCCAACACGUUGCCUUCCUCACCAUCACCCACAUCCCUUGGCAGCAUCCACAACCGGCAAAGUUUCAACUUUUGGAAGGCCGGUUCACAGACACCCCUGUCCACAUCGUCGUCCAGCAGUUCCUUCUUUAGGCCGAACCAGCGUUGUCUACUGUACAAGAUACUUAAAGUGAUCUGGCGCUACAUAAAGUGGCCACUCGGGUUGCUGAUGAUAUGUGGUUUGCUCGGUCUGGUGGUAUACUUCCUGGUUGUGGAUCGUGACAUCAUGAGCAGUGGAUUGUUGGGCGAAGAUGGGUACGAGGUGGACGAGAAUUUGUCAAUCGAUUUUAACGAUUUCACCAGCACGAACGAUCUACACUUUGACCAUCGCUUUACUGGAGGCACCUCCAAGGAACCCAAAGCCAAGAACACGCAAGGAUCGGGUCGAACAGUGGACACCAAGUUUUCGUUCGGUCUCGAUAACGAUCUGCUCGCCGUGUUCGGGACGCACGCUAAGAAACCUACCUUUGAAUGGCCCACCACGGCAUCAACGACCACUGAGUCUGGCUCGUUGGAACAUCAACGUACGGAGAGUGCUAGCGAAGAGUUGCCAGCGCUGGUGGUCAAAGUAACGGAUGCACCGAUUCGCAAAACCAGUACGAUCUCGUUGAAAGACUACACGAAGGCACGCGUCGUGUUUGAUGAUGAAGAUUUCCUCGAUGCGGAUGACGGCCAAAGCCGUACGCAAACAGCACCAGCGCAUCAGUCGGAAGGCACAACCAGGGCUUACGAGCCGGGGCACGUUAGCGAUCCAGCAACGGCAGCGAUUCAGAAAAAUGUAACAGUUCCAUCGGCCACCACCGAUUCCAGCCUCUACCGAACGAAGGUGUCCCCAACGUUACCGAUUCUGUCACGCUUUGAGAUAACUACCGAGGGAUUGAAACGGUUUAACAUAUCUGAAGAAGGUAUUUGUCAAUCAACUUCGCUUCCACUCUGCCGCGGUGUUCUUCCAUAUGAUCUGACGGUAUCCACGAAUCGGCAACUUUCUCCACUCGAGUACGACCACUUCCAGUAUCUGAUAAACUCCAAAUGUUCCGUGCGUGUCGCGGAAUUUGUGUGUCUGGUGCUGGAACCGGAAUGUCGUCCAACGCGCAUGGGAACACUGGCGCCAUGCAAGCGUAUUUGCAAGUCAAUUUUGGAGCCGUGUGCCCAUAUUAUCGCAAGUUCGGAAGCCUUAACAGCGACCUUCGAUUGCGAUAGCUACCCGGACUCAGACGAUCGAAACGUUUGCGAGGAUCCAACUCGAUUAGGGGAGUGCUAUGCGAACGAGUUCCGAUGUGCUGAUGCUAGCUGUAUACCACUGCAAUGGAAAUGCGACAACAUUAAAGACUGUCACGGUGGGGAGGAUGAGUCCGACUGCAAGCAGUGCGAACGGGACGAAUAUCGAUGCAUGUCGAAUGACAAGUGCAUUCCAGAUAAGUGGCGUUGCGAUCAGUACGAAGAUUGCCCGGAUGCAUCGGAUGAGCUGGAUUGCUACUACGACGAACCAACGACGUUCCCGACGGCCUACGGUAGCCAACGGGAGUAUCCUUUCGUGCAAGUACAGGUUCCCAACAGUCCGAACGGUCGCCCGUACAUUACGAUCACAAAUGAGGAUCGGUCCCAAUCGGACGCUCACCGUAACUCUCAGGAAAACGUCCCGACUGGCGGCCGUGAGUACGCCAACUAUGGCACCUCAGAAGAAGAUGAGGAAGGUGACAAGUAUGAACCGACUGCAGCCGAAAAUGCGCCCUUCAUUAAUCGUCACCGAAAUCGAACUACGAACGAGGAUAAACCAUCUACUGCUGCUGGAGACGACUUGGCCACUACCGUUCGAUCAAGUGAAAAAAAGAUCGAGGAUCAAACAGAAGCUGAGACGAGCCGAACAAUAUCGGUGCCCAAGUCAUUAGUGAACUUUCAGGACAGUAAGGAAAUCAUGAUGACGUCAGACUCGGAAAACGAUUUCAAGAUCAGCAGCACUAGCAGGGAUUUCCUAACGACGGCCCACGUGUCCCCAUGCCCGGAGGGAGAAUUGCGCUGUGUCAGUGGUAUCUGCAUAUCCGUCAGUCAACUGUGUGAUAAGGUCGCUGACUGUGCCGAUGGAGCUGAUGAGGCAGGAUGCACCUACAAGAAAUAGAAAAAGACAGGCAACA